CUAUUGUUCAUAAAUCAUAUCCUUGUCAGUCACAAAAUUUAACUAUUUUGAGCUGCUUACUUUACGAGAGAGACUACUGCCCCAACAAAAACAAAUGAAUAUAUUGUGGGAUGCUUAUAAAAGUAUAUCCGGAAAAGUUAAUACAAACGUCAGUGAGCGACCAGAGGAUCUCUCUAAUAAGCGUCACAGGACUCUAAGCGAGGAUGAAAUUGCUUUAUUAUGUGAUAGAUUGCUGACGUCAACGUUACCUGACGAUCGAAAACAAGCCUUACAGACCUUAGCUUUCAUAGCGCCGUACCAACCCUACGAGGUAGGAAGCUUUGGUUUUAAGGGUUUUAUCGCGCUAUUACAAACGGAAUACGAGGAUGAAGCUAUUUGUUUGUGUGUCUUACAAGCAUUGUCUGAGAUCUUUUCCCCUUUCAAGCUUUCAGAUCCUAGACCCAACGACCUUCCUACACCACAGAAAUAUACUGUUUCUUCAGACAAAUUAUCUUUACUUCAUUCCCAGUUUUUAGAAACAGGAAGCUCUAUAGAGGCGCUUCUAAGCCUUGUGGAGAGCAACAACUCAAAUAUUCGGUUUUACUGCGUACAGGUCGUCCGUAGCUUACUUGAGAUCGCUAAGGAGAGUACACAGGAGUCUAUAUUGUCAAUACCACGUGGAAUGCAGCGGAUUAUUGAUCUCUUAGGCGACACUCAAGACCACGUGUUGAGUGAAUCUCUAUGUCUGCUUGAGUUGCUGACAUCCGCUAACUCCACCGUCCAAAAGCUGGCCGUUUACGAGAAUAUAUUCGACCAACUUUUUUCUAUUAUGGUGAGGGAAGGAUAUUGUGGUGGAGGAACGCUGGUUAGUACGUGUCUGAGGAUUCUUUCUACACUGCUUUCUGGAAGCAGCAGUAAUCAAUCUUCCUUCCGAGAGAGUGCAUCGUUUUCCCAGAUAAGUGUGUUUAUAUCAGUCGCCCUAAAUAAGAAAGAUUCUAGUCCUCCCGCCCCCCACGGGAUCCAGUGGGAAUGGGAUUUCGUUACUACAAGCAACUUUAUGCUUCUGCUAGACAUUCUCCGUGAGCUGGUAUCUAUCUCUAAUCCUGAACGUGAAAGUAACCAAAUGGCACUGUGUCGAGCCCAGGCAACGGAGGCCGUACUGACGCUGACCCUUCAAGACUGGGCCCUUCCCCACGAGAUAAAAGUACAUCUUCGUGCUUGUGCAGGGGAACUAUUGAAGGGCAACCCCUCAGUUGGUGAGCUGGCCUCUAAAUUCGCAGCCCAAAAUACUUCUUCUGACGGCGCCAAGUCUCGCUACCGCCCCGCUGUUGUCAGCUGGAUAGCCAAUCUUCUAGACAACCGGCAUCAUCCCGUAUACCGCUGCGCGACGCUAUACUGUCUAGGUUGCUACCUUUACAGAAACGCGCAAGCGCAGCAGGUCACCGUGUCCAAGCUGUCGCAGCCACAGGGGACAGCCCAUCCGUUCAUAGAUAACCUCCUCGCUGCAGGUGCCUUAUUACUCGGUGCACUCAUGGAUACGUCUGACGGCAUUAGUAAUUGGUUGGCCUCUUUGCUUGUAUCGCGCAUGAUCUGCGAUGACGCUAAAGCCAAAAGCAUAUUCAUGACCGUCAAAGUUGUUGAUAAGGACAACUCUGAUAAAACUGUUCCUUUACACCUAAAACUUUUGCGGGCCGGAUUCGAAUGCGAGGGAGUCCACUGCCAGAGAGUUCGUAGGUGUGGUCAGUUUGCCAUUGCUCUGACCGCCUCUAUUUCCUGUCCGGAAUAUAUAGAAAGCUUUCUUUCAGAGACCCAAAAUUUAGCAUUUCUGGUGCAGCAGAGCCAGCGCACUGUCUCAUAUCUUCAAGCGCAGGACAUAAUCCUCGUUGGAUUAUCUUCAUUGCUUUUAGGCGUUUGCAUGUACUAUAGCUUUCCGGGCGACCACAAAUCUGCCCUUGCUCACGUCCUUCACUACACGAUUGGGAUGGACCGUUUUUCCACUAACAUCGACACGAUGAUAAAUGACCCAUUUUUUUGCAGCGCCCUAAAGCGUGAACAGAAAAGUCUUCCUUUGGAAAUGGUGUGGGUCGAUCAACACUUUGCGGAAUUGUGCCUUGCUGAGAGGGACACACUAAUGAGUGUGAUGACCAUGCCCCUCGAGGAGAUAAUCGCCAAUCAACCCAGUGCUCACCUCACAGAUAAGCAGACACCUAAUACUUACCAAGAGAAAAUAGAGAACCAAAAGAACGAAAUUAUACGAUUAAGACAUCAAUUGGAGGAUCUAUCAAAGCACAAAGAGAAAUCUAGAGAGGUAAAAAGUGCUGAAGAGCAGAAUAGCAGCUCGAUGAACCUUCGCCUUAAGAGAGAAUUACACUUAGAGCUGCAAAGACUUAAAAAAGAGAUAGCCUACCUAAAAACGCCUGAUGAAAAUCUACUGACUAUCAAGAGAGCUAUUAAAGAAGUAAAAAGCAAUAUUGAAAAGUGCAAAGAAGAGCAAAAGUUGCUAGUGGCUAAGCUUAUAGAACGAGAUGAAGAAAAGAUCAUUUUAAAGAGAAAGCUUCUAUCCUUCGGGGAUACGAUGUACAACGCGGAAGAGUUCACUAGGGAAGAGGACGCACAUAUCUGA